CGUCAGUGGCGCUGUCACCGCUCGAGCCGCUGCGCACGUAAACAUUAACGGAGAGAACUUUGAGGCGCUUCAAAAAGUGGGGCGAGCAACGGCUGCUGGGCGAGCGAGGGAGAAACCGACCGAUGAAAUGUUGCGAGUCUAUGAAUGUUUUUUAUCGGGGCUUUGACCAAUUUGCAUUUGUGCCACCAAUGCACAUGUCAUAGAUAUGACUCAAGAGUCGGAUUGCUGAGGAAGUGGGUAGUAGGUCAUGGAAAAGCUACAAGAUGCAUCAUCAGAUUCUAAGGAGGAGGGGGAUGAUUGGGUGGAUUCAAAGACUACAGAAUAUGAACUGCUGGGACCAGAUACUGAAGUAGCUUCCAGUCGUCAAAAAGAUGUAAUGGAAGUUGCAAGCCCAUUAGUUGUACAAUCCAAAGUUAGUAAUGAGGAAGCCACCACCUCUGGAGUGAAUGUGGAAUGCCGAAUAUGUGGCGAUAAGGCUUCAGGCUUCCAUUAUGGAGUACAUGCAUGUGAGGGUUGUAAGGGUUUCUUUCGAAGAACAAUUCGUAUGAAGCUGAAGUAUGAGAAAUGUGAUCGUAACUGUAAGAUCCAGAAAAAGAACAGGAAUAAGUGCCAGUAUUGUCGCUUCCAGAAGUGCCUGGCAUUAGGGAUGUCACAUAACGCCAUCAGAUUUGGCCGAAUGCCUGAAGCAGAGAAGAAAAAGCUAGUUGCGGGACUUCUAGCUAGUGAAGCAACAGUUCAAAACCCAGUAAUAGCUGAUCUAAAAUCACUGGCGAAACACGUCUAUGAUGCAUAUCUAAAGAACUUCAAUAUGACUAAGAAAAAGGCACGAGAUAUUCUAAGUGGAAAGGCUACCAACGACCCUCCUUUUGUGAUUCAUGACAUGGAAACUCUUUGGCAGGCUGAGAAAAACCUAGUUUGGAAACAAUCAGUAAAUGGAAUUCCAAACAAAGAGAUUGCAGUUCAUGUCUUCCAUCGUUGCCAGUGCACAACUGUUGAAACAGUGCGAGAGCUCACUGAGUUUGCCAAGUGCAUCCCUGACUUCUUAAAGCUAUACCUGAAUGACCAGGUGACAUUAUUAAAAUAUGGUGUACAUGAAGCCAUUUUUGCCAUGUUGGCAUCAAUAAUGAAUAAGGAUGGUCUUCUUGUGGCUAAUGGAAAUGGAUUUGUAACUCGUGAAUUCUUGAGGAGUCUACGCAAACCGUUUAGUGAAAUUAUGGAACCCAAGUUUGAGUUUGCAGUGAAAUUCAAUGCUUUGGAACUGGAUGAUAGUGACUUAGCUCUUUUUGUGGCUGCCAUUAUUUUAUGUGGAGAUCGUCCUGGGCUAAUGAGUGUAAAACAGAUUGAAGAGAUGCAAGAUAGUAUUCUUCAAGCUUUGAGCCUACAUUUGCAAACCAACCAUCCAGACUCUCAAUACCUUUUCCCAAAGCUCCUCCAGAAAAUGGCUGACUUACGGCAGCUAGUAACUGAGAAUGCGCAACUUGUCCAGAAGAUUAAGAAAACUGAAGCAGACACUUCAUUGCAUCCACUGCUACAGGAGAUCUACAAAGACAUGUAUUGACAAACAGUCCGCAUUCAGUAUACAGCUUAAUUUUGCAAACCUCUCUAUCACCACCCCCCUCCUCAAGAACCAAAACCUAACAUGGCUACAUUGAAUUCUCACCAAAAUAAGUCUGUGCAACAGUACAUAAAAUAUCUGUAACUAUACACUCCUUUUAAUCUUCUGUCCUUGAGUAGGCUGGCUGCAGCUAUGUCAAUUUGAAGUCAACAGAACUAUAAUGAUUAAACCUGAAAAUUGUAGGAAUGCAUAUACAUUUGCAACACUACUGACUUACUGCAAUAAAUAAUUUUACAAUUUGCAAUCUUAUAGUACUAAAACCUUCAAUUAGUAAAUGCAACCUUGAUCAUAAAGAAAAUGUUGCUUAAUUAUCAUGGUACUAAGCAUGCUGAGCCCUAUAGUACACUAUACCUAAAGUAUAGUCUCCUUUGCUGGUCUUAAUUUUUUAUAUAAUUAAAGGGUAUGGAAAUUUUAUAAACUGCUGCAAUGAAUGUGGCUUAUACUACAUAACAAUAUGUGGUAGAAAGGAUAAUAUUCCAAAAAGUAUUUAAUUAAGAACAUGCAUAAAUUUACAGGGCUAGCCAUUAACUCUUUCUGAUGUGGCACUUUUGGAGUUGCAAGUUUACCACCUUUCAAAGAGUGUGUGAGAAACAGAGAUUUUCCCCAAAAGUAAGAAGUCUUUAUAUAAAUGCAAUUCUUUCUUCAUUGGAGAAUUUAAUUGAAUUUUUUCAAGUCACUUCUUUCACAUUGCUUAUCAAAUUCUUUGGAAGAUGCAUUCAUAAGUUCCCUGUUGAGGAUUAAAAUGUCAGAUUUGGGGGAAUCUGAAUCCUAAAGCUAUCUGUAGUAGGCUUGGUGUCUUGGAUUGUUUUGUAGAAACAUUUCUUCCUUGCUGUGGUAAAAUGCACACUGGUAGGUUUACUGGGAUGAAUGAAGGACCUUUAAUGAAGCUUUCUAUCUAAUUCAUUGAAGACUUCUGGGUGAAACAACAGCAUUAUAAAAGCGAGUAAAAUAUUACCAUAAAUGGAAGCCAUUAAACUAUUUUAAUGUUUCUCUAAUUAGUAUUGAAGUCUCGGGUUGAGCAGAUGUACCUUAAUUGCCAAAUCUGUGUUUUUUUUCUUUUCAUUGUCAAUUUGUAUAACUUGGUUUUUAGGGUCUUGUGGCACAGUGAUAGUGUCCCCACCUCUGGGUCAGAAGAUCUGGGUUCAAGCCCAACCUCCACAGGAGGUGUGUUGUAACCUCUUCAAACAAAUAGUUAAAAAUAUUUUACGCAUUCAUGGGGCAUUCAUAUGCCUUGUCAGUUGUAUUUUGUGUGCUGUCUGUGAACAGUACACAGAAUGCAAAUAAUAUUUAUUCUCUCCUCUCAUUUCUAUGUAGUUGUUCUUAAGCUUUUUAAAAAUGUUUUGCAUAUCUGUAUUAACAAUUUUGCCUAAUCAGUCCUGAAUUGCUAAAGGCAAGGAAAUUUUAGAAUUUUAUUCUCCAUAAGCCAUUUUAAAAAAGGUUGUUCCAAUAAUUUGGUAGUACAAAUGGAACAAGAAUGAUAGAGCAAUAGGUUUCUGAUUACCUGCCAGACCCCAUCCUCAGCUACUGCACUGCUACUGAUUCCUGUCAAUACAAAAUUAUUAUAUUUAUAUAAAAGGAUCAUAUUGGAAAUACAUAGCAGCCCAUCAGCAUUUGAAGAGAGACAAAAAUGAAAUAAAUUCCAGUUAUGGAUCUUUUGAAAUGUUAUCUACUUUUCAGAUCCAAGCAUGCUUGCUUUGCAUUUUUGGUUUUGUUUUAAUAUUUCUGGUAUUUGCCAUUUGUUACUAACAGCAUAAUACCAGAUAAGUUCACACAGCCAAGCAUCUCCAAAUUAUAGUUCAUAGUAAAUUUAAUUCAGUGCAAAUUUGAUGCUAAGUACUGGAUAGUCUAUGCAUCAGACAUAAAGUAAUGCAGGUAAAGCCAUAAGUGGAAAUUCUUCCUUACGUUCACACAAUGUGCAGUAUUACAUUUUUACGAUAUUAUUUUACGAUUAUAUUUUACAUUAAUUUGUUAAUUUGAUUUAAUGGUUACAACUUUAGAAUUAUUGCUGGCUCUCUUGAAGGGAACAUGGAAAGGUUUCUGGUGUGUCCGGCUGGUGCUCUGAGUUGGGGAUGCUUUCUGGAAUUGGCUGUCAGUUCAGUUAUUAUGCAGCACAGACUGAACAGGAGCUGAUUGAUUUGACCAGUGGGCUGUUUUGCAGGACAUAAUGAAGACUGACACGGUUCUGGAUCUUAAAACUGGGAAAGACAUUUGCAGGGCACUUUGUAAUAUUGAGAUGUGAUUAAAUCAUGGAACCUAAAUCCAGAAAUGAGUUUUGCUGCUGUUUGUUUCAAAUAGUUAUGAAUUUUGUUUAUUUUGUUCUUAAUUUUUAUCUGUUUUCCUAUUGAUACUGUUUGAUUGUUUUAAAUGUUCUAUUCCUUUGCAAAUGGUCCCUUCUGAUCUUUUCUCUAAUAUAUUCCCUCUCUUCUGUGGAUAUAUUUCCAAGAGUUUUAGGUGCUCUCCACUACUUUGUGCAAUCAGCCCACUAUUUUUAUUUCAUGCAAGUGUUGACUGCGGAGGUUUGACCAGAGAAUACAUCAAAGUUGAGGCCACAGUUCUACUAAAUAAAUGUCCAUGUUACCCUCCAACAGUACUGGAUGGAUAUCAUAAGUGAGAAGUACCUUACUUCAUCCCUCCAAAUCCUGAUGAUGUUGAGGUCAAUUUCCAAUCCACUCCACUAGAGAUUGCCGUGCUCUUCCUUUCAGGACAACAGCUUGCUAUAUAUAAAAAUAAUUAAGUCGACAAAAGUGUACUGCUGUUCUUUUCAGGAUCCAAAUUUGACCAUUUGAAGAUUGAACGUAGUGUCUACAAGGCUAAUCACCAUGUAAAGUACAGAAAUGUAAAAGUGUCCUUAUGAUGAUUUCUGUUAUAUGGGAUCAAUGUCAAUGAGGAGUAAAAUAGGUAGGAGGAAGGAACAAGCAACUAAUAACAGUAUAUUCUUAAACCACUGACCAUGACAUUUGCAGGGGACCUACAUAUGUAGUGUGCAGUAAUGGAUUUCUUUGAUCAAGACAGGAUUUUACUGCCAAAUGCUAUUUUCCAUUUGACACUGGCCAGAUAUUAUACAAUUAGGUAGGAGCAAAUUACUGCACAUGCUAGAAUCUGAACUGAAAACAAAAGCUGGAGAUCACUGGGGUCAGGUAGCAUCCAUGAAGAGAGAGCAUGGAUGAAAUCAUCUGGACUUGAAAUGUUAGCUUGCUUUCUCUCCAUGGAUGCUGCCUGACCUGCUGUGAUCUCCAGCAUUAUAUAACUGCUUACUUUACACAAUUGAUACCAAUAUAUUGUUCACAGUAAAUCAUUGACGGUUUUACCACAUAAUUCAUAUUCCACACUAACCAAUUCUGCAGGAGGAUUCCAGGAAAAUCUGAAUGGAGAUUCUCACCUUUAAAAUAAUUACUGUAAUCAAAGCUGACACGUUUUUAAAAAUAUCUUUAGCUUAAGUGACAUUCAGUUUUGUAAAGUCUCAAAUUAAUUAAUUAACUUCAUGAUUUAUUAUUGACUAAUACAAGCACUUAAACAAGGAAGAGUUGCUUGCCUAUUCAUGAGCUGAAGAAUAAUGUAAGGAUUAGUGGUGUGUAGAAGUAAAGAAAGCUAAUUGUUGAAUAAACUAUGACUGUUAAUGUGACAGGUUUUCUCAAAUCUUUACAUGCAAUUUCUCUGGCAAGAAUUACAUGCAAUUAAAUGCACAUGAAAAUUUGUAGUUUUCUUGUGAUAUACCUACGUAUCUUUUAAAAAUUGAA